AACACGUGGCAAAUGCUCAUCUAUCCCACGUAUCACCCUUUCGGUAUUUCAUAUAUAACUCAUCGCGAGAUCAGAGAAGAAUAUAGAAACUGCAAACACACGGUUAUGGCGACGAAGCUCAAGUAUCUUUCCUCCAUUGCUAAAGACGUCGUCACUAGAUGCGCACAGAAAUUGGAUAUCACGGUAGAGAAAUUGGUGGAAGAUUUCGAACGAGGACGGACUCUAGAUGCGGGAAACUAUUGCAAGAAUUUAGUCGAGUUUUGCAGUGGGAAGGCUCUGAGUGAAAUGUGCUGUAAGUUAGAGGAAGAAAUCGAUAAUGGUUCGUUUAGUAGGUUAUCCUUUGAUAUUAUGCUCGCUUGGGAGAGACCUUCCUACUAUGAUGACAACGACUGCCUGGAAGCUGAAGCAAAGGAGAAAGAAGAAAAGAAGAAACAUGUGAAAACCACACCAGAACAGGAUGAUAUCUCUCUUUUUUAUUCAGACAUCAUGCCCCUCCUUGUUACGAACGGGCCGAGUGUUGGAGAGGAUGCGUUUGUAUGGUUGGGAUCAUUAGUUCCAUUAGCUGCGGAUGUAACAAAUGGAAGGUUUACUUUUGAAUCGUUAACGGCAACGACAGGCUUCCAACUACAUUUUCCAGCAUAUGACAUGUUCUUGAAAGAAAUGACCAAGUGCAUAAGACAUUUGCAGAAACAGGCAAUGCCAACUGGUGUGGAACUAGCCGAAGGCGAAUAUAUAUUACAUGUAGAAGGAACAGCCAGCUCGCAGAGAGUAAUUCGCCACAUUGGAUCGACAAGUUGGCCUGGUAGGCUUACACUAACCAAUUAUUCCCUUUACUUCGAGACUUCGGGAGUAAUAAAGUAUGAAGAUGCUCUCAAAAUAGACCUAUCUAAGGAUAUUGAGCAGAGUGUUAAACCAUCUGCCACAGGUCCAUGGGGAGCCCAACUUUUUGACAAGGGCAUAGUGAUUGAAUCAUCUGAUUUAUCAGAGGGAGUUGUGCUGGAGUUUCCAGAGCUUACAAGCUCUACAAGACGCGACCAUUGGCUUGCAUUGAUAAGGGAAAUAAUGUUUCUCCAUCAAUUUUUAUCAAAGUACCAGAUAAAAUGUCCAAUACAAACAUGGGAGAUGCAUGCAAGGACAAUAUUAGGAAUCAUAAGGCUUCAUGCAGCAAGGGAAAUGCUAAGAAUAUCACCUCCUGUCCCAACAAAAUUCUUAAUAUUUUCCUUAUAUAAUGAAAUACCGAAGGGUGAUUAUGUGCUAGAAGAGCUUCCUGAUGUCCUCAGAAAGGUUAAGAGUGGACAGCCAUGUAGUGCAGGUUCUAUACUCAGGAGUAUGAACAUUGCUGGCCCUGUAGUUUCCGAUUCGAUAGAAGAAGAGGUGAUUCCAGCAGACAAAAGUAUGGAUGUUUUAGACGAUAGUUCCUCGCUGGAGUCUGGUAUUAAAAAAUCUAGGGAGGACGAAAAGAAAGUUCCAUCAAAAGCUACCACUGAAGAAUUAAAGGAGAAAGGAGUCACCGACAACGUUCUGGUUCUAACUCCCUCGUUGGAGUGUGCUAUUAAACAAUCUAGGGAGGAAGAAAAGAAAGCUCUUGUUGCGAAAGCUACCACGGAGGAAUUGAAGGAGGAAGGAGUCACCGACAGUGUUCUGGUUCUAACGGAGCUACUAAAGCCACUUAAAAAUGUGGUCCCUUGGUUACAAGAAAUAUUCACAUGGGAAAGACCAAUAAAUACUCUUGCUGUUCUUGCUGCAUCCCUAAUAAUCACCUAUAUGGAAUGGGUUGGAAAGGGAGCUGCAGCAUUCUUGGUAUGGGUGAUAGUAAAGAUGCUUGAGGCAAGAGAGAAAAAGCUUAAUGAGCAAUGCAAUGAGAUAGUAAUCAGUAGAUCUAACAUGACUUCUGAUCAAUCUACAAUGGAUAGCAUUGUCUCAGCCCAACAUGGAUUGUACACAGUUCAUGAGAUGAUGCAGAUAGCAAACAUAGCAAUGUUAAAGAUAUGGUCUAUACUUAUUUCCAAGGCAGACAAGCAUGCAAAGACAGUGAUGGUGGCAAUGGGUGGAUUAGCAUUUUUAUUAGCAGUAAUACCAUUCAAGUUCUUCCUAAUGGGUCUCAUUGUGCAAAGUUUUACCAUGGCAUUCAAGACAAGCAAGUCUUCAGAAACUGGAAAUAGAAGGAUGAAGGAAUGGUGGGACUCUAUACCAAUAGUCCCUAUCCGUGUAGUAGACGAUGUUCAUAACUCUCGACAUGUUAAAUAGUUCUUUUUUCAUUAUACUGUCUAAAAUGAGUUGAUUUUGUGUAGCCCCUCUGCCCCACAAAAAAAUGCUUUGCCUAUGUAUAAUAUGUAGUACAUGAUAAGAGAAGACUUUAGAGAUGGAUGUGUAAAAGUCAAAUAAGAGAACAAUAAAUUUAUAGGAACAACUUCUCUAUCCACCUUCAA